AUACCAGAGAUAUCUACGAUCUUUAGUCUUAAAGUUGCCCUCAGAAUGGAAGCACGAAAGUUUUCUACCCACAUAUUGGAUACUUCGGUGGGAAAGGCGGCAGCCAAUGUGAGAAUAACAGUUUCCAGGCUGGACGAGAUUCAGGAGUGGAGAUCCCUUCGGGCGGCCCAAACUGACGCAGAUGGUCGCUGCCUGCUCUUGGAAUCUGGUCAAUUCCCCAGCGGGAUCUACAAGCUGACCUUUCACGUGGGCGCCUAUUACGCGGAGCGCAGUGUGAGGACACUCUAUCCAGCAAUCGACUUGAUUGUGGAUUGCAGUGAGAAUCAGAACUAUCACAUUCCUUUGUUACUCAAUCCCUUUGGGUAUUCCACUUAUCGUGGCACAUAAGCUCAGUUAAAACCGAAUAUGGAUGUUACACAACUUAAAAUUGAAUAAAUGUCUUUUAAAUGUUUAGUUGUAA